AGACUUGAUUUUCGUAGGUAUGUAUAUCGGUUCCACUGUCCUGAUUGGCCAACAGAGCCUUGUUGGCCGCCAUUUUGAACGAAGCUGAGUCACCAAAAGGUGAAAAAUGUACAUGAAUUAAUGCGCACUCCCCACGAGACUAUACAACGGUAUUGGGCAUUUCCCUCGUGAACACAAAAUUUUGGGUUUCAUGUUCUUUCGUUCGUAGCGUGGAAACAAAAUUUGAUUACUACACGUUGAAAUGUUAUAGAGCGUUCGGAAUAUUUAUUAAGUCAUUUGAAAUAUGCCGGAGAACCAGUAAGGUUAAAAGUUUGAUACGUCAAAACGGAAGUUUACAUCCCGUUUAAAAUCACACGGACCGACAAGUGGAGAUUGAGUGAUUAAAUUAGUUUCUCAAAUUGGUUCACAUAUAUCAAUAAUAUACGCUACUGAUAACAAUCGAAUAACCUCUAAUGUUGUGUGUACAUCGCUAAUCUGACUUUUAAGUGAUUAUUUCGUGUUGUGAAUAUCAUGUUUACCAAUUGUGUUCAGUGGUGUGCAGAUCUUGAAAACACGAUGUAGCCGAGUUAUACAGUGUCAUGUUAAUAUAAAACUCGAGUGUUUCGUGUGUGUUUGAUUAAAAAGUAUUUUCCCGCCUCAAUAUGACGGAAACAGUAAAGAUAAAAACUGAACGGCCAGAUGAAGCCGAGAUCAGGGAACUGGCUGCUAAGAUGGUGGAGGCCAAUAAGGCGAAAGCUUUGGCCGCGUCCGUGGCGGCCGCGCGACCGCAACCCGGCGCGCUGCUGGGAGCUUCCGCACCGGCUGUAGGCGGUCAAAUGGGUAUCUUGAAUUUUCUUACCAGAAAACCGGGAACGACGCAGCCGGCCGCAGAACAGCGGCCAGCGGCUGAUGAUAAGAAAACCCCGGCUCCAGACGAAGCCAGCUGGAAGGGUCACUUCGGUUGGGACAUGCUCGGUAAAUGUCACAUUCCCUACAUAUACCGGUCGGGGGAGAAGUAUGUGGCCGUUCGUAUGGUAGAGAUCAAACUCCUCAACAAAUAUCUUAAUUACCUCCACGCAGACAUAUACUCGUGCACUUGUAUAAGAAGUUACUACAUCACAGAUAUAGAAGCGAGAUUACUCAAUGAGAUCAACAAUAGGCAUUGUGACGGCCAGUUCGGUCGUGAGCCGUUCACCCAGAAGGAUCUGGUGGUCCGGUUGUCAGAUGCAUAUGAGUUCUAUAACUUCCUUGACGUGUGUUACAACAAGCUUCUAAGAGGCACCACCAAUAACAAGGAUAAGUGCGGCUUCAUUAGGAUAAACAAGGAAUCUGUUGUGCCUUACACAGUCAGGGAUAGUCAGAAGUUUGUACCGUUAUUCUAUUUUGAAGGAGAGACUGACAAUUUAAAGUUAAAGGCCGACCAGUUGAAAGGUUGGGACUUAUCAUACUUGAAGUUCUGUUGUAAAGUGCAAGGUAUACGGAAUGAACUGUUUGCGAGUGAGACAUGUUCAGUGAUCAGUUUGACGGACAUCAAAAGUUACUUCCCCCCGGGCACCGAGUUUGAGGAGUACUGGCCUAACAAAGUCGUCGAUUCACAGCUACUGAUAUCCGCUAAAGGUUCCGUGUCUGGUGGCGGUCAGUGGACGCGAGCGCCCCCAGCGCCUCCUCCGGCUGUCGGCGUGGGUAGCAGCGUGUCCCUGACGAGUGUACCUCGGGGGCGGCGCCCUACCCAGCGUCACUCACCAGCCUCGGCAGCUAUGCAGAUGCCGCAUGCUGGGCUCUCAGCGGCCGCUGUGCAAGCCCUCGCCAACGGUUGGAGUCUCCCUGGGUCUCUGACGCAGGCACAAACACAGCAAGUCCUGCGGCUAGCACAGGCACAAGUUGCUGCGCAGGCGCAGGCAGCGGCGCGUUACAACAACGCUGCCAUAGCAGCAGCGGCUGCGGCACUGCCGCAGCACAGGUCGCAACACGCCAGGAACGUGCAGUUUCCGAACAGUGCGAUAACAAUGGCGAUGAGCCAACAGCCGCCGCCGCCGCUGGUGAGGAGCUCCGCCAACACCAACACUAUGAACGCCCCACCCCAAGUGACUGGUUCCAUGAAUGGUCACACUACCUCUCACUCAGUGGACACUCGCAAACGACUCACGCCCAUACCCGAGAUCAGUAUAAGUGGAAACCAUACGCCGUAUAAGGUCCAAAAAGCAUUGGUAGAGAACACAAUGGUUCCGUGUAUCAAUGCUAAACCCUACCAGUACACUGACCUCCUGAUGACCCUGCCUGACCUCGCGAGCCAUUUCUUUCCACGGGUGUCUCUCACAAACUGCAGGGCCAUGUUGGAUGCAUUGGAACUGACGCUUUAUAGACCUAAUUCCACUCAACUACAAGUACUACGCAACUCUGGCAAGUGUAAAACUGCUGCUGCCGGCGAGAACAGCAUGGCGUUGGUUCAGAUCCGUGACGUCAUGCAGCACAUGCCGCAGAUAAAGUACAUGCUGCGGUCAGGACUGGCCAAUGAUGAGCCGCUGCAACCACCUAGGCCGGCCCACGCUCAGCCCAGCCACGCUAAGAGGGCACGGGCCAACUAACACUGGACAGUGGGCUGGCUCUAGCCCCAAUGGAACUGAAUAUGGUCAUUGCUGUAAUGAUAGUGUGUAGCAACAAAGAAACUCAGUGUAUAUUAAUAUGGAAAUUUAUGGACUUUAAAGUGAGUGUUGUUCUACAAGGAAAUGCAGUUAAAAUCUAAACAUCAGUGAGUCAAAGUGGGUUACGGGUCAGAAUUGGCGACAAGUGUAAGGACUAUUAAGUUUGAUUGUUGAUAUAUGAUAGGCAUAAUAAUGCUGUUCUGAAGUGAAUUAGCAAUAAUUCAGUUUCGUUAAAAUGUUUACAUGAAGUGGCUUGAUGUUUAAAAAAUUAAAUUUUUCCAAAGUCAAAGCAUUGUAAGCCUAGACAUAGUUUGACUGUUAAAAUUAUUUCACUAUGUAGGGAUUGUAGGGAAACUUAGUGAACAAAAUUAUUAUUCAAAAUUAAAACUACAUUUAUUUUUAAUUUAUAUUGAAAAAAAUUGUCCCCUCUAAAACUUUGCAUCACAGUAAUCUAAUCGGACUUGGUUAUUCAGAUACUUGUGCAUUAAAUAAUAUAUUAUUUAAUUUCUGUGCAGAAAAUUGUCACAGUAUGACUGAAAUAUACAUGUAUCCUGUGCAGUGUCCAAUAUUGAUGGGGCUUCCGUCUAUACACUAUGGUUCAGUACCGUGGUUGUACGGAGAUACAACCUGAAUUAAUACACUUAUAGUUUUUAGGUAUCAAAAUAUAAGCUAUGUCAAUUUGUAUGUGUUGUACAAAAUUUAAGAUACACGAAAAUAUCCCUGAGAUCUAAUCUAAAUGAUCUAUAUAAACUAUUUAAUAGAAGACUGAGAAUUUUAUUUGUGUAAUUAUUUCUUAGAUCGAAAAUGCUAUUGAUGUUGUUCAAAUGUAGACUUUAGUUGAGUUAUCCGAUCUUCUUGUAUGAAUCAAAUUAUAUGUACAAUAUGUAAAUAAGUAUAGUACUGCAUUAAUGCAAAAAUAUAUAGCUAUACAUAUGAAUGAUUGUAAAAUAUGUUGUCACAUGGCGUGGGCUAAAAGACAUAAAACAUAGGUAAUUUAAAUACGCUUAAAUAAAAACAUCACAAUUAUAUAUAAAAUCCAGUAUUAGAUUUUUAUAAUAUAAAGCUAUCAGAAUCACAAA